AUGACGGCGCUGUCACUGAGGGACAGCUUGGUGAAUUUCUCGGCCUUUGAUGGUGGGGACUUCCAGGAUGAAUGUCGCCAGGCUGCAGCCCCAAUAGCCAACCUCGACCCAGACUGGGAAAAAUGGCUGCCGAGGAUGGAGCACUUUUUCGGCCAGCAAUGGAAGGAUCAAGGUAUCUACCAGUUGAUCAAGCUGUUCGAUCGGCCUCUUGUUAUGGACCGGUCGCUCUUGGCCGCGGCCCUGUGCUUCUGA